AUGCAAGCCUACCAUUUCCAGGAUUUCCUGUUCCUCUUUCUCCUAGGAGUCUCCUCCUUGACCUUGGCCCAACAUUUAUAUUGUCACAAGGGUGUGUAUGUGAAUAUAGAAGAUGAUCCAGCCCAAACAUUUAACUGGACCACAGAGAAAGUUGAGACUUGUGACAAUGGAGAACUUUGCCAGGAAAGUGUAUUAAUGAUUACAGCAGGGGACAAGACAGCCGUUUUGGCCACUAAGGGCUGCUUCGCGCAAUUGAUGGAGGCAAUGACAUUCGUCCAGCACGCUCCAUCUCCUGGUUUGACUGCAGUAUCCUAUAGUAACUACUGUGAGGAUCCACUUUGCAACAGCCGACAAAGCAUAGUUGAUUUUUCGAAAACACAAAAGACAUUAGAUGCCCCGGAAGUAGCAACCCUCCAUUGCCCAACCUGUGUAGCUGUGGGGACCUGUUUAAGUGCUCCUUCUCUGCCUUGUCCCAAUGGUACAAAUCGAUGCUAUCGAGGAAAAGUUGAGCUCAGUGGAGGAAGGAUGGAAUCAUCUGUGGAGGUCAAAGGCUGUACAAGCAUAAUUGGUUGCAAGCUGAUGGCCAGAAUCUCAUCAAUCGGACCCAUGGCAGUGAAGGAAGUGUGUCCUCAUCAGUCUGUCUAUCAAUCCCGAAAGACUGAAAGUGGAGCCACUUGGCUUCUCGUUUCAGUUUGGUGUUUAGCAUUAUUACUACCAACACUGCUGCAAUCACUUAUCCAUUUUUCCUGA